UUCAAAAUGGUGCGGGCUGUGGCGAUCUCUUUUAUUAGACUUAUCGGGUGUUUUCUGUUUUUAUCAGUUAUCUUGACGUGGUAUACUUUAUUCUCGAAACCCAGUAAAAAGAUUUUCUUCAAAGUUGAUGAAGUGGAGAAGGGUUUCUACGUGAAGUCUCGCAAGUGUAAAAUGCCAUACGUGGAUCCCUUCAAUGCGGAGUUCCUACAAGUGAAAAAGGAUGUUAAAUUUGUACCUUGCACCAAUGAAAGUGACCUCAUCACUGUGCACUACGAUACCAUUUUCAAUCAGUAUAUGCUGCACAUUAACGUGGAAGUUAUUCACAAGUUAUCACAGUCGAACCAAAGUGACUUUGCCUGCUCUUACCAGAAAAUUAUCUACGGUGAAUCGGUGGAUCACUACGAUAGAAAAGGGAAUAAAACCUACUUCAGUCAGGACUAUUUGGUGCCCUUGGAUAUUGAAGGAAUGUUGGUGGAUUGCAGGACAGCGGAUGAGAAGAGAGUCCUGCAAAAGGACGCUUUUAUGUUCGUACAGCAUAAGGAACCUCCUCAGAAUUCACCGCCAAAAAGAAAGCCCAGUGUUAUAAUGUACGGCAUAGAUACUGUUUCUCGAACCAAUUUGCGUCGGAUGAUGCCUAUGGUUUACGAGUUCCUCAAAUCACCAGGAUGGUUCGAAAUGAUGGGAUAUAAUAAGGUGGCUGACAAUUCUUUUCCCAACAUAUUUGCCAUGUUAACUGGAUACUCCCCGGAGUCAGCAGAAUCCCAAGUUUGCAACACUGAUGAUGAAGGUUGUUUGGAUGAAAUACCCUUCAUUUGGAAGGAGUAUAAGAAAGAAGGCUACUUGACCGCCUAUGCUGAAGAUGAGGAGACUUCGAAUACCUUCAAUUACAUGAAGCCAGGCUUCAAGGUGAAGCCCACAGAUUACUAUUUUCGACCAUUUAUAACCGCUCUGGAAAGGGAAACUCUGGUCCAAUAUUGCCCAGGAUGUUUGAUGAAAUACUGCCUGGGUCGCCGAUUGGCUAACAGCUAUAUCUUCGACUACUGUCGCCAGUUUAUGCAGAGAUUCGUGGCCGAUCGUCCCAUUUGGGGAAUGUUCUGGACGAAUCACUUCAGCCACGACGACUUCUUCAUGCUCUCCGCCAUGGAGCACAAAAUCCUGAAUGAUCUCAUGAAUUUCGAGAAGGACGGAUCCUUCGAGCACACCAUAAUGAUAUUCUUCUCGGAUCAUGGAGCACGCUUCGGUCCGCUGAUGCGAAUGAAGGAGUUCUUCCUGGAGGAGAGACUUCCUAUAAUGUUUAUCUACCUGCCUCCUUGGUUCCGCCAGAAAUAUCCUCAAUACGUCGAGGCUCUAAAGCAAAAUCAGCAUCGUCUGAGUUCGAAUUUUGAUGUCUACAAUACUUUAAAGCACAUUCUUAGGAUUGAAGCAGGUUUGGAAGACACUAAGUGGUCCUACGACUGCCCGCAAUGUCAGUCGCUCCUUUAUCCACUCCCCGAGAAUCGCAGCUGCGCGGAGGCCGCCAUACCGGAGACCUACUGUACCUGCCACGAGUACGAGAAAGUGAAGGAGGAACCGUGGACCUGGCGAAUGGCGGAUCUCGUGGUGAAUCGGAUCAACCAGUACCUCCAGCUAAAAAACAUUCAAAACCUUUGCAGCAAUUUGACUCUGAGAGCAGUAAACCUAACCGAACAGGACGUGAAUCCAUCGAAGGGAAUGCGCUUUUAUCACACAAAGUUCCAGGUUCAUCAGAAUAUGGGAGAGUUCUUCGCCACCGUUCUCUACGAUAAGGAAACCGAGAAACUGGACAUAAAUGUUGAGCUAAUCAGUCGCAUUAACAUGUAUGGCAACGAUUCGGUGUGCAUACAUAACAAGAUCCAAAAGCUAUAUUGUAUAUGCCUAUCGGAGCUGAGACCAUUAAUAAAAUGAAACUAUAAUGCUUGCAAAGAGUGUAUGAAAAUUCUGGUUAGAAUGAGAAAAGUGGAAGAAGUUCACCUACACAAACAAAUUUGUUUGCGAAUUCGAGUUUUGUUGAUCGAAGUCAUUGUAACUUUACACAAGUAACUAGAACUAGUAAACAUCAUCAUCGCUAUAGCUUCCAUA